ACUCGACUUCAUCAUCUGAACUAUCCCACCAUCGUGACAGCAAGCAGUUUGCGUCGACAGUCAAACAGUCAGCGACAUGGAAAUGGUGGCGACAACUGCCUCAGCCACAGCCCCUGGAGUCUCCAGUCUCCGCUACUCUUCCGGGUCGGGCCACCGGCGGAUAAGGCCCGCAAAGAAGGUCACGGGUUACAGAAAAUUCGCCAUCCACUACCCAAACUGCUUCUCUUCCACGAGGGUAAAAGGGUCUUUGCUUAUCCGAGCUCUUGACCCUCAAAGAGGAGGAGGAGAAGAAGAAGAAGAAAGUUCAGGCAUCGCUAACACUACAAGCGCUCCAAACUCUCAGGACGAUCUGGAAUAUCUGGGGAAGGUUGUAGCUGGUUCCAUUGUGGCUGCAGCUGUUAUAAAGUAUGGAAGCAUAGUUUUCCCUGAGAUAACCAGACCCAACAUCGUACAGGCUCUUAUCAUGAUAUUAACUCCUGUUAUUGUAGCCAUUUUGCUUUUGAUCAAGCAGAGCCGUGCAGAGGGGCAAAGCUAGGAAUGCAAGCCUGUAAUUUAGCACAUAUCCUCUUGCAGGCCUAUAAGACAAAUUUAGCUGGUUUUAUAAGAACGUAUAAGCAAUCAGAUUUUCCUGGGUAGCAAGAUUGAGAUAUGGUUGAUCGUACGAUGAGGUGCCGUGCAACUGCAUUUUUACAAAAGCAAAAUAAAGAAAAGAGAUGCUUGAUGAUGCAAAACAAUUUCUGAUCUUAAAUAUUUUGUUCUGUUUAAAACUCAAUAUCUAUAUUUCUGCGGGUCUUGAAUGUUAGAAUCAUGCUACAUCAUGGAAGCUAUUGCUGCACACACAAUUACUGUUGUAGCUUAACCCUUGUGUCCAGUUUCAGUCACUUCAUGAGCCCUGUAUUCCGAAACUGCGAACCCCAAAAGAAUGUAAUUCAUCAAUAUUUGUGGA